CGGAGGCGCCGCUUCGACCCGCAGCGCCUGAGGCUGGGUCACCUGCCGCUGCGGAUCCCACUCAUUGCUGGUGAGAGCGGGCCAGCGAGGCUCUGAUUCAAGAUCAAAAUGGACAUCCGUGGAGCUGUGGAUGCUGCUGUCCCCACCAACAUUGUGGCUGCCAAAGCUGCUGAGGUUCGAGCUAACAAGGUUAUUUGGCAAUCAUAUCUCCAGGGGCAGAUGAUUUCAGCCGAUGACUGUGAGUUUAUUCAAAAGUUUGAAAAGAAAAGAAGCCCAGAAGAGAAACAAGAGUUGUUACAAACUGAAGGCCACCAGUGUGCUAAAACAUUCAUAAACCUGAUGACUCAUAUUUCCAAGGAACAGACAGUUCAGUACAUCUUAACUAUGGUUGAUGAUAUGCUGCAGGAAAAUCACCAACGUGUUAGUAUUUUCUUUGACUAUGCAAAACGAGGCAAGAACACUGCAUGGUCUUACUUCCUGCCAAUGUUGAAUCGUCAAGAUCUUUUCACAGUGCAUAUGGCAGCCAGAAUUAUUGCUAAACUGGCAGCUUGGGGAAGAGAACUGAUGGAAGGCAGUGACUUAAAUUACUAUUUCAAUUGGAUUAAAACCCAACUGAGUUCACAGAAACUACGUGGUAUCGGAAGUGCUAACGAAACUGGAACUGAUAGUUCACAAUAUGUUCAGUGUGUUGCUGGAUGUCUGCAGCUGAUGCUGAGGGUCAAUGAAUACCGUUUUGCAUGGGUAGAAUCUGAUGGAGUGAACUGUAUCAUGGGUGUGUUGAGCAACAAAUGUGGUUUCCAGCUUCAGUAUCAGAUGAUUUUCUGUAUCUGGCUAUUGGCAUUUAGUCCUCAAAUGUGUGAAUAUUUGCGACGUUAUAAUAUUGUCCCAGUCCUGUCAGACAUUCUUCAGGAAUCUGUGAAGGAGAAAGUAACCAGGAUCAUUCUUGCAGCAUUUCGGAAUCUUCUAGAGAAGUCCACUGAAAGAGAAACCCGGCAAGAGCAUGCCCUUGCCAUGAUCCAGUGCAAAGUUCUAAAGCAGCUGGAGAACUUGGAGCAACAGAAAUAUGACGAUGAAGAUAUAAGUGAGGAUAUCAAGUUUCUACUGGAGAAACUUGGAGAGAGUGUCCAGGACCUCAGCUCAUUUGAUGAGUACAGUUCAGAACUAAAGUCAGGAAGACUAGAGUGGAGUCCUGUGCACAAAUCUGAAAAAUUCUGGCGAGAGAAUGCUGUAAGAUUAAAUGAAAAGAACUAUGAACUGUUGAAAAUUCUGACAAAGAUUCUGGAGGUAUCGGAUGACCCCCAAGUCCUGGCUGUAGCUGCUCAUGAUGUGGGAGAAUAUGUCCGACACUAUCCUCGAGGGAAACGAGUGAUUGAACAGCUUGGUGGAAAACAGCUUGUAAUGAACCAUAUGCAUCAUGAAGAUCAGCAGGUUCGCUAUAAUGCCUUGCUUGCUGUGCAGAAGCUGAUGGUCCACAACUGGGAAUAUCUUGGGAAGCAACUACAGUCAGAACAACCUCAAACUGCCACGGCACGGAGCUAAACCUUUCCGUCUACUUGCUGAACUCUCUCCUUCGCUGGAUGUACUGCAGUAACUGUGAAGCUACCUUGAAAUACAAGUGAGAAAAUGAUGUGGUUGCAGUCCUCACAACCUGUUCUGCUGUCGUGUAGCUUUCUUCCCAACAGUUCUUCCACUAUUGCCUGGAGUCAAGCAUGGUGUCUAGAGACCAGAUUGCUUUCCGGUAUCUUUCUGUAUUAAGAAAAUAUUCUAAAUAUAGCUGAUAUGUGCUGCCUUUAUGUAUUUAUUGUCUUCAAAUGUAAAACAAUAAAGAAUAAUCAUUCCAUAUCGUCAA